AUGGAACUUGUUGCCGAGCUGCCGGGCCGCCUCUUGACGGGAUUGGCGUUGGAUCCACACGACGACGUGUUUGCCAUAUGCAGCUGCAGUGGGGAGCUGCUGCGUUUGAACAAGGCGGAAGACACGAUGAUUCCUCUCAUGGCGACAGAGACCUCCUCGCACGCGAUUGCCAUCGAUUCCCGCAAUGGCGACGUAUACUUCACCGACCGCGACGAGAAUGCCAUCCUUAAGCUGGAGGCGGUGACCGACUCCGCUAGUCGUGGGGAGAGAAGUGAGAAAGCUGAUGAUGGCCACGGAGAGGUGAGUUACACUAUUGUGCAGUGCCUAAACAACGUUGAAAAUAAACCGUUUGUUGGGCCGACAGCUCUCGCUUUUGCACCGGACGGAGAGUUGUUUUUCACCGACGCCGGGGCGGAGGGUGACUCGUCGUUUGCCGACCCGGUGGGUGCCGUCUACCGCACGCUGCAAGGACGCAGUCAAGUCGUUCCGCUCUGCUCUCGGGGCCUUGUACGUCCGUCGGGUAUCGCCGUAGCGCCUGACAAGUGCGUGUAUGUCUGCGAGCAGGGGACCAAUCGUGUGCUGCGGUUUGUGCUGCGGGGGACGUACUACGUUGGAAGCGUCUUUGCGCAGCUGCAGGGAGGAAUGGGCCCUAGCGCCAUCACCUUGAGACCGAGUGACGGCUCCAUUUUUGUAGCGCAGUACGACGUGAAGACCGCAGCAUCGUCGCCGUCGCCCAAUGGGGGAGGGGAGGGUACCGGCGGCCUCAUCACGGUAAUUGGGAGGGAUGGUGAGGUGAGCGGUGUUGUGCGCACCCCAGGGCCAUCGCUUCGCGCCCUCGCGUUGGACUCAAAAGGUGAGACGCUCUACGCGGUGGAGGCUGAUGAAGCGUCGGGGUGCUCAAGACUGUACCGUUUUCAAGUUCCCUCCGUGGCGCAGCAUACGACGGAGUGA